GUCCACCCAUAUAACUUCUACGGGAACGUAGCAGCUCCACGAAACUCUUGCUGCAGCCUGAACCACCCUUCAGCGUGGUCUUUUCUUCUUACAGGCCUGAACCACCCACUCUCUACAACCUCUUCCACUUUCCACUUCAGAUACCACCCGCGAACCAGCUUCCCCGCCAAUUCGGAUUGUGGGCACCGCCUCGGUCCCUCCACCUAUACCACACCUUCAGCUUUUACUCCCGUCGUCGCUCCAUCCUUGAUACAACAGUAUGGCUGAUUACGAGGCGCUCAAGGAGCAGUGGAGCGAGAUUGAGGACCGCGAUGGAGUCCGUCUCAGUUGGAACACGUUCCCAAGCUCGCGCAUGGAAGCAUCGCGGCUCGUUGUGCCUAUCGGUGCCUUGUAUACUCCAUUGAAGGAGAAGACAGAUACACCGCUGUUGCAGUAUGAGCCGGUUUCCUGCAAGGCACCUUGCCGAGCGGUUCUCAACCCAUUCUGCCAGGUCGACAUGCGAGCCAGACUUUGGAUAUGCCCUUUCUGCUUGCAGCGAAACGGACUUCCCCCUCAUUACAAGGACAUCUCUCAGGAUCAAAUCCCACCAGAGCUCCACCCGAACAGCACGACCAUCGAAUACCGCCUUGCUAGACCAGCUCCCUCCCCGCCGAUUUUCGUGUUCGUCGUCGAUACUUGCCAGGAAGAGGAUAGCCUGAAGGCUCUCAAGGAUUCCAUCAUCAUGAGCUUGAGUCUGCUCCCUCCAUAUGCUCUUGUUGGAUUGAUCACUUUCGGCACCAUGGCCCAAGUCCAUGAGCUCGGCUACACCGAAUGCGCCAAAUCCUACGUUUUCCGCGGAAGUAAGGAUUACACCUCCAAGCAAGUACAGGAGAUGCUAGGACUAGGUGGAAACUUGGGACCGCGACCCAAUAUGCCACAACAGCCAGGUCGACCCCCAAUGAUGGCUGGUGCUGGAGCCCGAUUCUUGCUCCCAGUUUCCCAGUGCGAGUUCCAGCUCACCAAUGCGCUUGAGCAGUUGCAGAAGGAUCCCUGGCCUGUUGCAAACGACAAGCGAGCUUUGAGGUGCACUGGCGUUGCUCUCAGCGUCGCUAUUGGACUUUUGGAGACUCAGUUUGUUAACAUGGGUGGCCGUAUAAUGUUGUUCUGUGGAGGUCCUGCGACCGAAGGGCCUGGCAUGGUCGUUGGUCCUGAACUUAGGGAGCCCAUCCGAUCCCAUCACGAUAUCGACCGCGACAAUAUCAAAUACUACAAGAAGGCUCUGAAGUUUUAUGACGGCCUCGCCAAGCGUGUUGCUCACAACGGUCACAUCGUCGAUGUUUUCGCCGGUUGUUUGGACCAAGUCGGUCUCCUCGAAAUGAAGGGUCUCUCAAACUCCACUGGCGGUCACAUGAUUCUUACCGAUAGCUUUACUUCCUCGAUGUACAAGCAGUCUUUCGCUCGCGUCUUUAACAAGGAUGCUGAUGAGAACCUCCUAAUGGGAUUCAACGCCUCCCUCGAAGUUUUGACCACGAAAGAGUUGAAGGUCACAGGUCUCAUUGGACACGCUGUGUCAAUGAACAAGAAGUCAGCAUCGGUUGGCGAGACGGAGUGUGGUAUUGGUAACACUUGCUCAUGGAAGAUGUGCGGAAUCGAUCCCGAUGCCAGUUACGGUAUCUACUUCGAAAUCGCGAGCCAGGGAGGGCCCAACCAGAUGCAGCAGGGCCCGCAGAAGGGUAUGAUGCAGUUCCUGACUUAUUACCAGCACUCUGCUGGUCAAUAUCAUCUCAGAGUUACCACCGUUGCACGAAACCUUAGCGGUCCCUCUGGUGAUCCUGCUAUUGCGCAAUCGUUUGAUCAGGAGGCUGCUGCGGUACUCAUGUCUAGGAUAGCCGUCUUCAAGGCUGAGGUUGACGAUGGGCCCGACGUCUUGCGAUGGGUUGAUCGAAUGCUCAUCAGGCUUUGCGCUCGCUUUGCUGAGUACAGGAAAGAUGACCCUUCAUCGUUCAGGCUUGAGAAGAACUUCACUUUGUAUCCACAGUUCAUGUUCCAUUUGCGCAGGUCACAGUUCUUGCAAGUCUUCAAUAACUCGCCCGAUGAAACCGCCUUUUACCGACAUGUCCUCAACCACGAGGAUGUCAGCAACUCUCUCAUCAUGAUCCAGCCAACCCUAGACAGCUACGGCUUCGACCACGAAGGCAGCCAGCCAGUCUUGCUUGAUUCCACAUCCAUCCAGUCGGAAACUGUACUCCUCCUCGAUACCUUCUUCCACAUCCUCAUCUUCCACGGAGAGACAAUGGCGGAAUGGCGAAAAGCAGGGUACCAGGAGCAAGAGGGUUACGAAAACUUUGCGACAUUAUUGGAUGCACCUAAGGAAGAUGCCAAGGACCUCAUCCAAGAUCGAUUCCCCCUUCCGCGAUUUAUUGUUUGUGACGCCGGAGGUUCCCAGGCUCGUUUCUUGCUCUCCAAGCUCAACCCUUCGACAACACACACCACUGGCUCCUAUGGUGGUGUUGCACAGACUGCGCAAACCAUUUUCACGGACGAUGUCAGUCUGCAGACAUUCAUGGAUCAUUUGAUGAAGCUCGCAGUAUCUGGAACCGGGUAGACGAUAGGGUGACAUGUAAAGGUUCGAUCAAUGAUAAUAGAUUAGCGUUAUUCCGCAUCGGCGCUGGCUGGUAACGCUUUUGAGAGAUGUUUGCUCCACGAUUCAGAAUGAGUGUUGGAGUGUGGGGACGAUAGUAUGAUGCUACUAGCUAAAGAAUUAUUUCACAUCACAUUUCGCUUUCGCC